AUGUUCAAGAAGAAGAGCUUAGAAAUGUUGUUUGAGUCGCCAGUGAGCGACGAGAUGAUCAAGUUUCUCACUGACCACGCCUUGAAGGUGAUUCCAAGACAUCAACAGAACUACAUGCCCACUCCUCCCAGCACUCCAGGUGCUGGUGCUAGUACCAAUGGCUCCAAGAACGGAGUGCCCAGUCUGAUGACGUUCAUCUCGAGACUGGUACGGUACACCAACGUUUACACAUCGACACUGCUCACCACGGUGGUGUAUUUGAACAGACUGCGGGCGCUGCUGCCCGCAGAUGCAGCUGGUCUGCCCACGACGUGCCACAGAGUGUUUUUGGCAUGCCUCAUCCUCAGUGCCAAGUACCACAACGACUCGUCGCCAUUGAACAAGCACUGGACAAGAUACACCGAUGGGAUGUUCACGCUCAGAGACGUGAACCUCAUGGAGAGACAGCUGUUGCAGCUGUUCGACUGGGACUUGCGCGUGGAGUCAGAAGAACUGUGGCAGAACUUGUACGCAUUGGCCAACCCAAUCAGAAGAGAUCUCGAGAAGGGAGCACAAAUCAACAAGUUGAGACAGCAGCAGCAGCAACAACAAAAGAGCAAACAGGUAUAUUACCACCAACGUAAUAUAUCUGCGUGCUCGAGCACUGCGACACUUCUUGGGAGCCGCAGUGGUUCGGUGAACAGUUUGGAUAUACUGAAAGAGUACGAGUCCUCGCCUGAGAACGGUUACAGCGAGACUUAUGCGCAGAAAUACAGCUUGGGUUCCGGCGUGGGCCCAAGUAUGAGUACUACGACGCUGGCGCCCAGCCUGGCGCCCAGCCUCGACCCUAGAUACAGCUACAUGUAG